AUGAAUGCAUCCCAAGAUAACGUGGCUAUUGUAAAUAAACAGGUCUAUACUGGCCAUCCUGUUGACUCAAAGGAAGACCUGAUCGCCAUCUCCUACCCAACUACAGAGGUAAUAGGACAUGGGUCAUUCGGUGUCGUCUUCACAACAACUAUAAUAGAAACAAAUGAAUUGGUCGCUAUUAAAAAAGUUUUGCAAGAUAAAAGAUUCAAAAAUAGAGAAUUGGAAAUAAUGAAAUUAUUGAAACAUAAAAAUAUCAUAGAUUUAAAAUACUAUUUUUAUGAAAAAGAUUCUCAUAAUGAAAUUUACUUAAAUUUAAUCAUAGAUUAUAUGCCUCAAUCGUUAUACCAAAGAUUGAGACAUUUCGUGCAUCGAAGAUCACCAAUGCCAAGAUUCGAAAUCAAAUGCUACAUGUAUCAGCUCUUCAAAGCAUUGAACUAUUUGCAUGAUAGUGCCAACGUUUGUCAUAGAGAUAUCAAACCACAGAAUUUACUAGUCAAUCCAGAUCUGUUGGAACUGAAACUAUGUGAUUUCGGUAGUGCAAAACAGUUAAAUCCAAGCGAACCAAACGUUUCAUAUAUCUGCUCAAGAUAUUAUAGAGCUCCUGAAUUAAUCUUUGGUGCAACUAAUUAUACAAACCAAAUUGACAUCUGGUCAACUGGUUGUGUAAUGGCAGAGUUAUUAUUAGGUCAACCAAUGUUUCCCGGUGAAAGUGGUAUCGAUCAAUUAGUAGAAAUUAUUAAAAUUUUAGGUACUCCUACAAAACAAGAAAUUUGUUCGAUGAAUUCUAAUUAUAUGGAACACAAGUUCCCACAGAUUAAACCAAUCCCAUUGUUUAACGUUUUCAAAAAGGAAGAUGAACUAACUGUAAAUCUAUUAUCUGACGUUCUAAAAUAUGAUCCAAUGGAAAGAUUUAAUUCAUUACAAUGUUUAUGUCAUAGUUAUUUUGAUGAAUUAAGAGUAAUUAGUCAAAAUCAAAAUUUCGACAACAGUAAUAAUCAAUUAAACUUGGAACAACAGAAUGUUGAUGUUAAUUUAAUAAUUAAGAAUUUGAAUUUGCUAGAUUUCAAUUUAAAUGAAGAAUUGGGUCAUCUAAGUCAUGAUCAACUAGAAGCUGUAAAAGGAAAAUUACUACCAAAUAUUUAUGAAAGUUAA